CCCUCCGUGCUCAGUGGGGUGAUAUUUCUAACAGCUGGGAGGGGACAAUGCGGGUGUCCUUGUGCCGUGCUGCUUGUGGGGCUGGGCUCCGCUCCGUGCCCCGCCCCGGGGCUGGGGCAGCUAUGGGUGGUGAUAUUGCCCGGCCCCAAUACGCAGCCCGACGCCCAGCACCGAUACACGGCCCGACAGCUGCAGGAAAAUGUCGGACGGUUUCUCCCUCUCCGAUGCCUUGCCUGCUCACAACCCUGGUGCCCCCCCACCCCAGGGCUGGCAGCGGCCCCCAGGACCUGGGGCCUUCCCUGCAUACCCUGGCUACCCAGGCGCCUAUCCCGGCGCACCAGGACCAUACCCAGCGCCACCGGGACCGCAUCAGGGACCACCAGGACCAUACCCUGGAGGACCACCGGGACCAUAUCCUGGAGGACCACAUCCUGGAGGAGCACCAGGAGCAGGACCAUAUUCUGGAGGACCAACUGCACCUUUUGCUGAAGCUCCAGCUGCUCCCCUGAAAGUUCCCUACGAUCUGCCCCUGCCCGCAGGACUCGUGCCUCGGAUGCUCAUAACCAUCACGGGGACCGUGAACCCAAACCCCAACAGAUUUUCACUGGAUUUCAAGAGGGGGCAAGAUAUUGCCUUCCACUUUAACCCCCGUUUCAAGGAAGACCACAAAAGGGUCAUCGUCUGCAAUUCAAUGAUCCACAAUAACUGGGGAAAAGAGGAGAGAACUGCUCCUAGAUUUCCAUUCGAACCUGGAACCCCCUUCAAGCUCCAGGUCCUCUGCGAGGGAGAUCACUUCAAGGUAGCAGUGAACGAUGCUCACUUGCUGCAGUUCAACUUCCGGGAGAAGAAGCUGAACGAGAUCACCAAACUGUGCAUUGCUGGGGACAUCACUCUCACCAGUGUUUUGACCUCCAUGAUUUAAUUAGGAAGCUGUCCCUUCAACGCCAGGCUAGCACUCCUCAGAGAGCUGUAACAGGAGUGCCUCCCUGUGUGACUAUUUUGAAGCAAUAAAGCACUUUCACAAGUAAAA